GCUCCCGGCCGGUCUUGGUAUACCAUACAAUGAUAACAUUCAUAGCUAUGAUGCCAGAGGUUCCAUGUCAUCGACUCCGGGGGGGCGACAAAGGCGCCAAGGCAAAGAUACUGGAUUCUGGAACGAGAUUUGGAUCUGAGAAACUUAAAUAUGUCGAUUCCCCCCGGAGGCUGAAUGGAAAUGACACAAGAAGUUCAAAAGAACAAGACGAGAAGAAGCUUAGGUCGUAUUAGCACGGUCCGAUCUGUAUGGACUCUUAUUGUUUGGAAGAUACGAUCUAUAUGGAACCUCCCUAAGAUAGCUACGAACGAUCUUUAGAACAACAACACAACACAACGAAAGAAACAACACAACACAAAGAAUACGAUGGACGAGCAACGCCGGAAGGAGGUGCAGGAUGUCGACGCUUCUACCAUCCAGCCUCUUUCCCAGCCCGCCCAUACGCUCUCCCCUGAAGCGACCCUCAAAGAACUCUCUACUAAUGCAGACGAGGGUCUCUCUUCACAAGACGUGCAGAGACGUCUCGAGGAACAUGGCCCCAACGAACUCGAGGGUGGUGAGGGUGUGUCCUUUGCAAAGAUUGUGAUUAGACAGAUUGCAAAUGCCAUGAUGCUAGUCCUUAUUAUUGCCAUGGCGGUUAGUUUCGGUAUUCAAUCCUGGAUCGAGGGUGGUGUGAUUGCUGCGGUCAUCGGCCUCAACAUCGUCGUAGGUGUAUACCAGGACUUUGCGGCGGAGAAGACUAUGGAUUCUCUGCGGUCUUUGAGUUCGCCUACCGCGGCUGCGACGAGAGAUGGUAAAACGAAUACUAUUCCUGCCUCGGAGAUUGUCCCGGGUGAUGUGAUUGAGUUGAAAGUCGGAGACACUGUUCCUGCUGAUCUACGACUCGUCGACGCAAUGAACUUCGAAACAGACGAAGCCCUCCUCACCGGCGAAUCCCUCCCCGUCCAAAAAGAAGUCGAAGCCGUCUUCGACCACGACACCGGCCCCGGCGACCGUCUAAACAUUGUAUACUCCUCCUCAACUGUAACCCGCGGCCGCGCCCGCGGCGUCGUCGUCGGCACAGGAAUGAAGACUGAAAUCGGUGCGAUCGCAGCAGCCCUGCGUGGUGGGGACUCCAAACGUCGUCCCGUCAAGAAAGGUCCCGAAGGGGAGACCAAGAAGCGGUGGUACGUGCAGGCGUGGACACUCACGACUACGGAUGCCAUUGGACGGUUUCUGGGCGUGAAUGUGGGAACGCCGCUGCAGAGGAAGUUGUCGAAGCUCGCGCUGAUGUUGUUCUUUAUUGCGGUUAUUUUCGCGAUUAUUGUUGAGGGUGCGAAUGACAUGCGUGGUGAUAAGGAGGUUAUUAUCUAUGCCGUUGCGACUGGUCUUGCUAUGAUUCCGGCGUGUCUGGUUGUUGUCUUGACGAUUACUAUGGCCGUUGGCACGAAGCAGAUGGUCCAGCGACAUGUUAUUGUCCGGAAGCUUGAUUCUCUCGAAGCUCUUGGUGCGGUGACGAACAUUUGCUCUGACAAGACGGGUACAUUGACUCAGGGUCGCAUGGUUGCCAAACGCGCCUGGAUUCCCGCCAAGGGGACUUACUCUGUUGGUCCUUCGGAUAACCCACUGGACCCGAACGAUGGAGAAGUCAGUCUUAUUCCCGAGACUCCUAUCGCCAUGGACAAUAACGCGCAAGGAGAGACUGCCGGCAGCGACGAGUUGUUGAAAGAUAACUCUCUUCUAGAGGACUUCCUCAAUGUUGGCUCCAUGGCUAACCUGGCACACGUCCACCAAUCCGAGCAAGAGGGUAACCAAUGGCAAGCACGUGGUGAGCCCACGGAUAUCGCAAUCCAGGUCUUCGCGGCGCGCUUCAACUGGAACCGCACCCGUUGGACUAAGGGCGAGAAGCCUGUCUGGAAGCAAAAGGCCGAGUACCCGUUCGACUCGAGCGUGAAGAAGAUGUCCGUCAUUUUCUCUCGAGACGAAGGCAGCGAGAAGCACCGCGAGAUGGUCUUUAGCAAGGGCGCUGUGGAGCGCAUUCUCGAAACCUGCACUAACAUCACCUGGACGGAUGGAUCGUCCAAGCAGCUCGACGACGGUCUCAGAGACCAGAUCUUGCAGAACAUGGAAGCGCUAGCCAAAGAAGGUCUCCGUGUCCUUGCCCUCGCCUGUCGCGACAACGAUCCCGGCACUACCAGCGGCAAGGAAGGCGACGAGCCACCUGCCCGUGAAGACGUCGAGAAGGAACUCACCUUCUGCGGACUCAUCGGUCUCUACGACCCCCCUCGCACGGAGACAGCCGGCGCCAUUGAAGAAUGCCACCGCGCUGGUAUCACAGUGCACAUGGUCACCGGUGACCACCCCGGUACUGCACGCGCGAUCGCAGCUCAGGUUGGCAUUAUCCCCGCCAACAUGGACGAACUCGCCAAGGAUGUCGCGGAAGCUAUGGUCAUGACGGCCUACCAGUUCGAUAAGUUGACUGAUGACGAAAUCGAUGAACUCCCCACACUGCCGGCUGUUAUUGCACGUUGCGCGCCGCAGACCAAAGUCCGGAUGAUUGAUGCGCUGCACCGUCGUGGUCGCUACGCUGCCAUGACGGGUGAUGGUGUGAACGACUCGCCAUCGCUGAAGCGCGCGGAUGUCGGUAUUGCCAUGGGCGAGGCUGGCUCUGACGUCGCCAAAGAUGCAUCGGAGCUGGUCUUGACAGACGACAACUUUGCCUCCAUCAUCAACGGUAUCGAAGAAGGUCGCCGUAUCUUCGACAACAUCCAGAAAUUCGUCCUGCACUUGCUCGCUGAAAACGUCGGGUUGGCUUUGACGCUGCUGGUCGGCCUCUGCUUCAAAGACGCAGACGGCCAGUCCGUCUUUCCAAUCGCCCCCGUCGAAAUCCUCUGGAUUAUCAUGAUUACCUCCGGUCUCCCCGACAUGGGCCUGGGGAUGGAAAUCGCCUCGGCAGAUAUCAUGGACCGCCCGCCCCAAAGCAAACAAGGUAUUUUUACCUGGGAAAUCAUCAUCGACACCCUCGUCUACGGAGUCUGGAUGGCAGCUCUCUGCCUCGCCUCCUUCUCCCUCGUCCUCUUCGGCUGGGGUGACGGCAACCUCGCCAGCGGCUGCAAUUCAAACUACUCAAAAGAAUGCGACACCGUCUUCCGCGCCCGUGCAACAACCUUCGUCUGCAUGACCUGGUUCGCGCUCUUCCUCGCGUGGGAAAUGAUGAACCUCCGCCGCUCGUUCUUCCGCAUGCAGCCCGGCUCCAACAAAUACUUCACCCAGUGGAUGUUCGACGUCUGGCGCAACAAAUUCCUCUUCUUCGGCAUCAUGGCCGGUUUCAUCCUUACCUUCCCGAUCCUCUACGUCCCCGUCAUCAACGACAUCGUCUUCAAACACACCGGUAUUUCGUGGGAAUGGGGUGUCGUGUUCGUCGAAGCGACGCUGUUCUUCCUCGGUGUUGAAACGUGGAAGUGGUGUAAGCGGAUCUUCUUCCGCAGGAUGGAGAGGAAGCAGAAGGAUAAGGACAGGGCGCUUGGGAGGGAUCCGGCGACGAGGUCGAGGGAAUUUAGUCAGUAUACUACCAUGAGUCGGUCGGAUACGGAGAAGCCGGAGGCUUCGAUGGUUUAGUAUAGAUAGAAAAGUUGGCAUUUUGUAUUUAGGAAUUGAAUUGUAUUGCAUUGUUUAUAUAACUACUCGUGUUUUCCGU